UGUAUGGCUGAACACACAAAGCGGCAAGAUUUAAAAUAAUAAUAAGUAUCUAUAAUUUAAAAAUGUGGUUGAUAAAUAGAUAUAUUAGAUCUUUAUUAUCUCCUGUUUGGAAUGGACAGAAAUGUAAAAUGGUAAUAGUGGUUCGGUCCGAUAUCCCUAUGGGAAAGGGUAAAGUCGGUGCUCAAUGCGCUCAUGCUGCAUUAGAAUGUUGUCGUCAGACUUUAAAUAAUGAAAAGAAACAACAAAUGUUUCAAUCUUGGUUACAAAUUGGACAGCCAAAAAUUGUUGUUAAAAUACCAAAUGAAGAAGAGUUAUUGACUUUGGCGGAUAAGGCUCAACGCGCUGGUUUAAUUACUGCCAUAAUAAAAGAUGCUGGUAGGACUCAAUUGAAACCUGGUACAGUAACAGUUGUUGGCAUAGGACCAGGAUCUAAUGAAGUUAUUGAUAGCCUUACAUCAAGAUUAAGAUUGUUAUAAAUGUAUCUUGUAAAUAAAAUAAAUUACAUUGUUAAAAAAGGA